CAAGCGGUCAGAUUUCGGGCUUCUUCGAUAUGGCUGACUAUGGCCGCCGCUUUGGAGAGUACAAUCCAGCCACCAACUCGUAUGACUUCAGUGCUCCUCGCCAGGGCGCCAUUGUCGGCCUCCUCCCUGCCGGCUGCCUGUUCGGUUCCCUGAUCGCCGGCAACAUUGCCGACACCCUGGGUCGCCGCAUGGCCAUCUCGGUAUCGGCGCUCUUCUGCUGCGUGGGCAACAUUAUUGAGAUCUCCUCCGAGACCUCCUGGGCUCAAUUCGCUGUCGGCCGCCUGGUCACCGGCCUUGGGAUUGGCUCGCUUUCUGUAGUUGUUCCCAUGUACCAGUCUGAGUCGAGCCCCGCCAUCCUCAGGGGGGUACUCGUUUCUACCUACCAGCUUUUCAUCACGCUCGGCAUCUGGACCUCCGAGAUGGUCAACUAUGGCACUCACAACAUAUCCAGCUCGGCAUCGUGGCGCAUUCCUAACGGCCUGUCGUUCCUCUGGUCCCUGAUUCUCGGCGCCGGCAUCCUGGUGCUUCCAGAGUCGCCUCGCUACGCGUACCGCAAGGGCCGCGAGGACGAGGCCCGCCGCACCAUCGCGCGCCUGGCUGGCCUUAAUACCAACGCCGCUUCUGUCAACCAGCAGAUCGAUGAAAUCCGUGCCAAGCUCGAGGAAGAAAGAGCUGGCGCCAGCACCAGCUUUUUCGAGAUCUUCACGGGCCCGCGCAUGCUGUACCGGACAUUGCUGGGUAUUACCCUGCAGGCCGGACAACAGCUUACGGGAGCGAACUUCUUCUUCUACUACGGCACCACCAUCUUCCGGGCCACGGGUCUUAGCGACAGCUACGUGACCCAGAUAAUUCUUGGAUCCGUCAACGUCUUCUGCACAUUCGGUGGCCUCUACGUUGUGAAGAAGUGCGGCCGCAGGAACGCGCUCAUGGCGGGCGCCGCAUGGAUGAUGGUCUGCUUCCUGGUCUACUCCUUCGUCGGGCACUUCAAGCUUGAUCAGACCAACCCCGCGGCGACGCCCCAGGCGGGUAACGUCCUGAUCGUCUUCUCGUGCCUGUUCAUCGUCGCUUUCGCGACGACAUGGGGCCCGCUUGUCUGGGCCGUCGUUGCCGAGCUUUACCCCGCCAAGUACCGCGCUCCGGCCAUGGCGAUUGCAACGGCGAGCAACUGGCUGUGGAACUUCUUGAUGAGUUUCUUCACGCGCUUCAUCACGGAUGCCAUCAACUAUCUCUACGGCCUGGUGUUUGCGGGCUGCUGCGCUGCGCUUGUUCUGGUGGUGUUCUUCUUUCUGAUUGAGAGCAAGGACCGGAGCCUGGAAGAGAUUGACACAAUGUAUCUGCUCCACGUCAAUCCCAUCACUAGCAGCAAGUGGGACGAGAAGUCUGCGCUGGAGUCAAGCGACUCUAGUGGCCGCCAGUCCCGCCAGCACUCGGAUCAAGGAGACCAUGUGGAGGUGCAAGCGAUUCCUUGAAAAAAAGUGGCAUGCAUUCCGUGGAGAAUGUGUUGGCAUAGACAGAAAGAGGUGGCCUGGCGUCAUGGAGCUUAGCUGUUGAGGACAUCCAUCUCCCCACUUUGGGUGUUCUGGCCCCUGGGUUUGUGCAAGUAGGCUCGCAGGGUGU